UUCGAGAAACGCGAAGAUCGUCUUCCUUCCCCGGGGAUGCUCUAGUUUUAUGAGAGAGAGAGAGAGAGAUUGGUUGUGUAGUAGGAGGGCCAUGUCGAGAUCUCUGAUAAGACGCGUUGCUCCAUUUUUCGCUGCUCGUAUUCGGGAUAAUAAUCGGAUGCUCAACUUCUCCUCCGUCUCCGCUCUCAACCAAGUGUCUCCUUCGUUCUCGUCUGAAUCGGUUUCGUCUUCUGCCCAAUCCGAUUCUCCUUCUCCCGACGCCGUUCACCUCACCCAGAGUUGUAUCCAGAGAAUGAAGGAAUUACAAGCUAGUGAAUCGGAUGUGAAAAUGCUUCGUUUGGGUGUAGAAACAGGAGGCUGUUCGGGCUUUCAAUAUAUCUUUGAGCUUGAUAAUAAGACCAACGCAGAUGACAGAGUUUUCGAGUCGGAUGGCGUGAAAUUGGUUGUAGAUAAUGUUUCGUAUGAUUUUGUGAAAGGAGCAACCGUUGAUUAUGUUGAGGAACUUAUCCGUUCAGCAUUCGUGGUAGCUGAAAACCCAAGCGCAGUUGGUGGAUGCAGUUGCAAAAGUUCUUUCAUGGUGAAACAGUGAAGCAUCCUCAGUAUCAGUCAGUCAAAGGGAACCUGGUUUGCGGGUUUGAUUCAGCGUCUAUUGAAUCUCGCUAUUUUGUCCUCGGACAGAUCGGAGACAUUAAGACACGAGCACGGUGAUCAUUCCCCGCAGCUACCUAUCAUGUUCUGAAGUUUCUUUUACAAAAUUUCAGAGAAGCUAGAGAUGUCUAAUUCCAGAGCUGUUUGUAUGUUUGUUUAUUUCAUCAUGUGAUUGUUUUUUCCAGGUUCAUCCCUCCUGGGUUUUGUGAUAAUAAUCAGUGUAAUGGUAAGUUCCAUUUGACGUUUAAAAUUCAUAUUCCAAACGUAAUAAAGAUUUCAUAUUUA